GCAAGCCCCCCCCUCCUUCCUCUCACCACCUCUCCAUCCUCUCUCUCUCUCUCUCUCUCUCUCUCUCUCUAGUCUGCAGCCUCCAAGAACAGCCGCCGCAUCAUUUUUUUCCCCCCGAGCAGCAGCAGCAGCAGCCCCCUCCCUACGCCUCCUCCCUCCAUCCUCUCGCUUCUCUCCAUCUCUCUUUCUGCUGCUUGCACCACUGUGGGAAUGCAGCGAGGGUAAACGAAUCGCAGAAGCUGACCCUUUUUGGUUGUUGCUGUGUGUGCGUGCGUGCGUGCGUGUGUGUGUGAGUGUGUGUGCGUGCGUGCGCGCGCGCGCGUGUGUGUGUCUGCGUGCCGGAUCUAUCAUCACAGUGACGGAUUGCAGGCAGACAGCGCCGGGAGACGCACACACGGCUGUCACUCCGGGAGAUCCGGAGUCGGGUGGUCGGUCCAGGUUGGAUUUUUUUUCUUAGCCCCGCGACUCCGGACAUCAACACCGCCCCAUCCCCUUCUGCAGAUCAAUUCAGACCCCCCCCCCCCUCUUCUCUUCUUCUGCACUCGUUUCUUCUUUCAAUUUCGGUGGCUUUCCCCCCACCCUCCCAACAUCUGGAUUAUCAACAGCUGGAGUCGCCAAAAAAAGGGGGUGGCCGGGCAUGGAGAGCUGUCACAGGCAAAACUUGAAGUAGCCGACAGAGAGACACCCGCGAGGGGGUAAAACGGAGCGGUCGGACGCGAUCCCAUGGACUCAGAGAGUAGAGGAGUAAAAGGACCGACCGGUGAUUCUUUUUUUCUUCUUCUUCCGUAGGGACCUUCUGCGGCCGAUGAUCACCCAGCUGAGUGCUGGAGGGUGCCGCCGGAGCCCGGCUUGUUGAUGUACGCGCGCGCACGCACGCACGCACGCACUUGGAUUUACAGCUCCGGUCUGACGCGCACGAUGCAGCGGAUCGAUAUCCUCCUCGGUUCCCUUUGCGUCGGCUUUUUUUAACAACCGAGUGCAACGUCCUGGGAUUUAUCAUCGCUUCGUUAGCGCCCAACCACCACAGCUUCCCUCUCUCACCUGUCCAUAGCCUGUCUGCUCCCGUGGAAGUGUGGAUAUUCUUGUGCAUAUUUGUGUGCGUGCCUGUGCGUGUGUGUGUGUGUGUGUGCGUGCAUGCGUGUGUGUGUGUGUGCUUGUGUGUGUUGUCCGCCAGAGGGAGUGUAGGUUAUAUUGCUUGUGUGCGCAUUUGAUUGCCCUGGCAGGUUUAAAUUAGAAGUGGCUACGUGACUGUCGAGUGAUUGUGUCUGCCUGUGUGUGAGUUCCACGUGUAUACAUCUGUGCAUGUGUCGAUACAGUUGUGCCGGCCAAGGCAUUGUGCGCGCACCAGCUUAAGAUGCCCGGCAUUUCUUUCGCACCACAUCCCCUUCCUCGUGCAUGCCCUUGUGUCGUUCGGCCACCUGUUUGACCUCCCGGACACAUAUCGAAGAGGCGGAAAGCUCCGGCAAGAUGAGCGAGCGCUCCGGUGCGAGCACUCUGGCAGCCAUGACGCUGGAGGAGCCGGGGGCUGAACAGGAAUCUCCCAGAGCCCCGGGCCCUCUCCGCUGUGGCCCUUGUGCUGUGUGGCCUCGCCAGCAGACCUGGCUGUGUGCCGUUCCCCUGGUAAUGGGCUUUGUGGGACUGGGACUCAGUCUCAUGCUGCUGAAAUGGAUUGUGGUGGGAUCUGUUCAAGACUAUGUCCCCACUGAUCUGGUGGAUCCCAAAGGUAGCAUUGGACAGGACCCCAUAUUUCUCUCUAAACCCAGUGCCAUGCCCAAGGGGCCCGACAUUUCCACUGCCACCACGACUUCAACUGCCUCUACCACGACAAUAGUUUCGACUACCACGCAACUAGCUGCGGACGGUACUGCCCCAGCACCGAGAACUCGAAUUGGGCCACCAGCAAACCACUCAGCGAACGGCAGCACUGCCAAUGGAGAUGGCAACCGCGCACCACACCUUCACAAUCGUGUCGGCACCCGCAUUAGCGGCACUGUGGUCACCACCUCCACCACCCGACUCACACCGCCACCCAGCGGCAAGGAGGUCACCCCUCGCAGCACUGUUAGGAAAGGAAGCAACGCUGGUAAUGGACACAACGGGGCUGCCAACUCAAAGCCGGGGCAGACUUCUGCCACCAUCGCCACCACAGCAUCCUCUUCAGCUACCGCUAGUGUGAAGACCACCGCCAAGGUGCAGCCGACCACGUCCCAACCGGCGCCCCCGGUCAAACCCACGUCGCGAUGGAGUCACGGGCGCCCAGGCAAGGGCCCAGCCACACGCCCACACCACCGCUUCCGAACGCCGGUGGCCCCCACACUGCCCAGCCCACGCUCGGAGGUCUUCAAACCAUGUGUGGAAGACAAGGACCUGGCCUUUUGUCUAAACGAGGGAGAAUGCUCCAUCAUUGAAACCGUGGCCGGGGUUCACAGACACUGCAGGUGUAAGGAGGGCUACCAUGGACUACGCUGUGACCAGUUUGUACCCAAGACAGAUGCUAUCUUGUCAGACCCAACGGACGAACUUGGGAUCGAAUUCAUGGAGAGCGGGGACACCUACCAGAGGCAGGUGCUGUCCAUCUUCAGCAUCGCCUCGGGGAUCUGUCUCCUUGGAGUGGCAUGUAUGGCUCUCUACCGCCGCAACAAGAGACACAGGGAAAAACUCCAGGCCCAUUUCUCAGAUAGCCGCAGCCUGAGGGACUGCAGCGUCCACGCCUCUGGACUCAUGUCCAAAUCCGCGCCCAGGCUUCAAUACAGCCUUCAACUCCAAAAGAGCUGCAGUUCCCAUGGAUCAUCUGUGAAGGGCGGCAGCGUGGCCCCGGGCACAUCCAUGGUGUCCCCUCCGAUUCUCAGCAGAGCACUGUCUAAAGGGAAACGCUUCAGGAGUAGUUCUCUGUCACUUAGUCCUGCCCAGCUACGGAGGGAGACCAAUUUUUUCAAGACCCCACCCAUUUCCAGAGGGAAACACAAAAUAUCGACCAAUCUCACCGACGGAUCCAGAGUCGGACAUGUCUACAAACACUUGCAGGAGGACGAGUCAGCAGACAUGGAGUCCUUAAGAAGGUGUGAUUCUGCCAGUGGUAGGGUCGGCGCCCUCCUCAGCAGGACCUCGCUCUCCCACUUCGCAGCCAAAAAAGGAUGGACCGAGGUGCCGUGCACCCGCCUGGAUAAGGGAACAACCUUCCUCCCGCCCUCCCUACGCACCCGCUCUGUGCCCAUCAUCCCCUCCCUCCAAGCAACUGACCUCGAAGCGGGACGUGCGGGUGCCAGUGUGCGAAACCAAGGCGGGCUCCUCAAGUGGCACCCUGUGCUGGCUGGAAAGGCAGCGGUGCCCAUUAGCAAUUCUCCCUCUCCCCGCUGGGAGACUGUCAUGCCGCCGCCCGGUGCUAUGCCCAGCAGUGUGAGCCCUCCUGCCACCGCCACUGCUCCACUGGGGUCGGGGAAGAAUCCCAGCUCGGCAAAUACACCCCGCCCCGCUGAAAUUACAGUGGAAAUCGUGCAGGAAUUAAAACAGAGAAGCCUUCCCAGCUCCGUGAAAAUGUCUGGCCCUCACGGCGAGAUCCACCACGGUGGCACAAACACUCUUGAGACUGGGACCGUGCAGGAGUCAGAGCGGAAGGGUGUCCAAUAUUCAGCCAGAGUUAUGCACGCAGGCAGUGGAACCAGAGGCUCGAAGGCCGCAGGCCAAAGAGAAGCCCAGGGACAGUGCCAAGGUCAGACAUCCCUCGUGUACGGAGGCGCAAACUGCCCCUUGGCCGCCAGAGGACCCAGCUGCAGAGGAACUGGAAAUGCUCAUUCCAAGCCCUCUGCGAGCUGAUUGGAUUAACUCUGUAAAAGCUCCACAGACACUGUUUCCAGUAGUUGUAUACCUUUUGCUGGUGGCACAGGAUGGUUCGCGGCUGGGACCCUCUGUGCGGCCACACGGACCAAUAACAGAUGGCAGUCGAUUUUGCAAAGGGACACGAACAGAUUGAACUGCAGAUUGGGUGGAAAAACACACACCAACACAACAAAAAGACAUGGAAUUAUCAAGAAACAGAGACAAACACACAUUGUGAAUAAACGUGACUCGAUAAGGAAAUACAAAAACCGUGACUUGAGUGGGAGCUUGAUAGUGUACUGGAAAAAAAUGCCACUAUUUAAAAAGGAGCUUCUACUUAGAAACCAAAAUAGUGUGUCAUCUCUAUGUUGUUUCUCUAAUGUAAAGAAAUGAAAUUAUAUAUGUCAUAUAAUAUAUGUCAUAUAGACGUAUAUAUAUUUGACAUACAAUUGUGACAAAAUAAAGACUAAGAUAACAGUGUUAA